UUUUUUUUUUCUUAUAUACAAAUUUCAUAAAUAAAUAAUGGUUAAUACUACAACUAGAUCUGCACCUUCAAAUAGAUUACACGAAGCUGAUUUAUUAAAGGAAGCUAAAAAGUUCGAAGAGGCUAUUAGUUUUUAUAAGAGUAUUUUGACAGAAACAGCGAGUGAUGAAGAAACUUUAAGAGAACAAGAGCAUGCUGUUACUCAGUUAGGUCAACUUUACCGUGAUCUUAAACUUCCUCAGGAGCUUGCAAACUUGAUUCGUUCUUCUCAUUCAUUCAUGUUAUCUAUUGCUAAAGCUAAAACUGCUAAAUUGAUUCGUACACUUAUUGAUUAUUUCAGUGAUAUUCCUAAUUGUCUUCCUCUUCAAAUUGAAGUUUGUAAAGAAAAUAUCGAAUGGUGUGUUCAAGAAAAGCGUAUAUUUUUAAAACAAGCACUCGAGACACGUUUAGUAGCACUCUAUUUAGAUAACAAGAUGUAUCAUGAAUCUUUAAAUUUGAUAUCAUUACUAUUGAAGGAAUUAAAACGUUUAGAUGAUAAAAUGGUACUUGUUGAAGUUCAAUUGCUCGAAAGUCGUGUCUGCCAUGCCUUAAGAAACCUUCCUAAGGCUCGUGCUGCUUUGACUUCUGCUCGUACAUCUGCUAAUUCCAUUUAUUGCCCACCUUUAUUACAAGCUGCUUUGGAUAUGCAAUCAGGUGUCCUUCAUGCUGAAGAAAAAGAUUACAAGACUGCUUACUCUUAUUUCUUUGAAACAUUUGAAGGUUAUUCUAAUCAAGAGGAUCCUAAGGCUAUUUUAGCUCUUAAAUAUAUGUUAUUGUGUAAGAUUAUGUUGAAUUUGACUGAGGAUGUUCAUGCUAUCAUUAGUGGAAAGGCUGCAUUGAAAUAUGCAGGUGUAGAGAUUGAUGCUAUGAAGGCUGUUGCUAAUGCACACAAGAAUAGAAAUCUUCAAGAAUUUGAAACAGCUUUAGCUACUUACACUAAUGAAUUAAAUAAUGAUCCCAUCAUUCGUUCUCAACUUGCAGCAUUAUAUGACACUCUUUUAGAACAGAAUUUAGUUCGUAUCAUUGAACCUUUCUCUCGUGUCGAGAUUAGUCAUAUUGCUGAUAUGGUCAAAUUGCCCACACAACAAGUUGAGGCUAAAUUAUCACAAAUGAUUUUGGAUAAGAAAUUCCAUGGUAUUCUUGAUCAAGGAGCUGGUUGCUUAAUUGUAUUUGAUGAGCCUGAAGAAGACAAGACUUAUGAAACUGCUAUUGAAACAUUGAAACAAGUUGAUAAAGUCGUUUCUAGUUUAUAUCAAAAAGCUGCUAAACUCUCUUAAACUAGUUUAUUCUUAAAGAAUAAAAAGAAAAAGAAUAAAAAAAAA